CAGUGUGACGAGGAUGGCGAUGACGGUGAUGAUAACGUUACUGUGUUUGUAGGAGCGCCAGAUGUUUUCAAUCGUGGUCCUAAUGAGCUGAUGACGCGUCUGAUCACCGCUGGGGAGAGUCUUAUUAAGGGCUGCACCGAAGAUGAAGUGCGAGUCCUUGUAAAAUGUAGAUUUAUCAUGGACCACCACUUGUCUCAUAACAUCAAGGCUGACACAGAUGAUGCCUCAGAAGAAGCAGAGGGUAAAGAGGAUGAGCAACUGCCAGCAGAUGACCAUCUGAUGACCCUGAAAGCCCUGACAGAGAAGUUGAGACUGGAGACCAGGAGGCCGUCUUAUCUGGAAUGGAAAGCCCGGGUGGAGGCGGACAGCUUCAGGGGACAGACAGGGACUGGACAAAGUCCAGUACAGGCCAAGAGUGAAGGGGAAUCAGUGCCAACCAGAGAGGGUGCAGUAAACUGCGAUGGGGCGCCAUCAGGUGUGCUGAACGGAUUUGGGAACAUUGAUGAAGCUCUCAGCUGGCUCAGGAGAGAACUGACUGACAUGCGUUUGCAAGACCAGCAGCUGGCCAGGCAGCUCAUGCGGCUCCGGAGCGACAUCAAUAAGCUAAAGAUCGAACAGACGUGUCACCAGCACCGCAGGAUGCUCAACGAUGCCACCUUUGGCAUGGAAGAGCGAGACGAGUUGUCAGACCUGCUCUGCGAAUGCCCUGUGACUCCAGGCCUCGGCCUCUCAGCCCCCCUGAGACUUAUUGGUGUCACAAAGAUGAACAUUAAUUGUCGACGUUUCUCGCUCUGCUAACAGCUCUCGCCUGAAACUCGUAGUUUAAUCCAGAGGAAUGUGUUUUAGUUUUAGUCUAAAUGUUUAGUUUGGUAAAUCAACUUCUAUAUUUUAUAUAAACAAUAAAUGUUUAGAUAGAGUUUUAAUAUGACAUUCUUUAAACCCAAACUAAGUCAAAAAAAUUACAUUACGCAAACAUGACUUGUGUGGUUGGGCAUAUAUGUGUAUGUGCGGAGUAUAAAUAUUGCAUAUAUUCGAACAGGAAAUUUCCUUCUUUCUGUAGAUAGGACUAUUGCCUCAAAUCUAAAAGAACAGAAACAAGAUGAUUUACAGUUACAAGUUCAAUACUGACCUCUGUAGGAUGCUUUUGUAACAGUAAACUAAUUUCAGUCUUAGAUUUGUUUAUUUAACUCUUUCUUUCCCUCACUCUAAUAUGACAAUUUCACAUUGCAAUAAACUCCAUAUUAUUCACAAUAAAUGUGUUGUGAGUGGUUUUGGUAAAAAGGAGAGCUGUGACAUCAACAUGUUCUCUGCCUAAUCAGCCUAUAAUCAAAUGGAACAGCCCGUACCUGGAAACAGGUUUGGUCACAUAUGACACCGUACACAGACCAUUGUCAGGGCCUUUCAUGAAAAAUUACCCACAUUGUUGGUUUGUGGAUUGAUUUUUAAAUUUAAAUAUGGUAACGUUACAGUAGUGGUAACAGUUGAAAAUGAUUUUGCUGUAAAUAAGGCUAUAUUAGAUGACGUGUUGAAUGCUUUGCACGUUCACCUGUUAAGCAAUCACUAGUCUCCUUCAGCUAAACCUAGUGUUUUUGAAAUGGAAAAGGUGUUAAAAGAGUCAAGCACCAUCCAUUGGCUAGGUAGAAGUUUUUUCUCUUUCUUGAGUGCACUCUCAACAAAUUCUUGUGCAAACACAGACUAAGCCUUGGCUUAUGAGGGAGCCACACUCCAUGUGACGACAUGGGCACAGGGGGUGAUGAGUCGUUGCAUGUGACCAUCAGUGAACCCCACUCUCUGAUCCCUGUGUCCCUCCCAAACCAGCCUGAAGAGCCGUGGCAUGAAUGACUUUGUUGAGACUAAGAUUUUCACACAUGAGUUGCAGCUUUAUGACGGCUUAUUGGCACUGAAAGAACUCUCCUUCAGAAUAACAGGCUGCCAAAGCAUCAACAAAUAUUAACUAACAAGCGAGUUAGUGUAAACAAGUUAUAUAUAUCUUACUGCGGAAAAAUAUAUAUAUUUCCUCAGCUCAACUUGCAUGGACUGACAAAUACUUUGGGUUACUGAUCAAUGGUUUGGUCCAAAUUUAUCAUCCACUGCAAAUGUCUGGCCCUGCUUAUUGGUUUGAACAUUCGACCCAACUGAGCUUAUAAUUGAAUGCCCCUGGUUUAAUAUUCCAGGCUCUGCCAGCAGUUUUACAGCUCUGCUUCGUUUCCUCAACAAAAACUAUGAUGUUACCUUAAUCAUCACUCCUUAUGAAAGGUACUACAUCAAAAGGAAUGUGCAGAUGUCUGGUCAGUUUCUUCUGCCUCAAACUCACAAAACUAAUCCCACAAACUGAGGGCCUUCAGUUACAUCCACUGUGACAACUGUGAUGGAAGGAAAACUCAAGUUUCAAAGCAGCUUAAGUGCAUCCAAGCAGAUGACCAAUCAAAAGAUUUAACUCAACAUUUUUUUUAAUUGUUACCUCCCGUCCUGUUUGGUCAAAUUAAGUAAAAUCAGUGUCAAGUCACAGAGCCUGAGGAGUUGAUGACAGGAUACAUAUCACGUUUGAUUCUUGUGAUUUUACCACACCAGACAGACAGUGUAAAUGUUAUUUAAUAACUAUGGUUUUCUCAACAACUUCAUAAUGACCAGUCUGCAAGGGACCGACAGUUGGCAACACUACUGCAGUGUAAAGGCACAAUGACAGAUGUAAUGUCAUAAAAAGAUGACCUGCAUGGGAAGAAGAAAUAUAUAUAUAUAUAUAUAAAAAACCAUAACGUUACAUCAGCCAUCAGCUAACAGGCUUUGUCAAAUACAGUCCUCACUCGGCUACGUUCAACCGAAUGACAAUUUGUUGUUAUUACAGCAUUUUUUGGGCAGUUUGAAAAAGUAUAUAUAUAUACGUAUAUCCAUAUAUACGUGUAUAUAUAUAUACACACACAUAUAUAUAUACACAUAUAUACAUAUAUAGGAGUAAACACUUGAUACAAAUGAUAGUGUAACACAAAAU